GUCACCCUCUGUGAUCCCAGAACCUCUGAAGCUGGCCUCCGCUGCGGAGCUCUCAAGCCGCCGCCGAACGCCAGCUUCAUUCCAACCUUCGUUACAGAAAUGGAGUCUCUCUCUGAACUCAUCACCAAACACCACUGGGGUACCCAUUUCGUUAACUCCACGCCGCCCAUGUACGGCCUAGCGCAAUGCUUCGACGACUUGUCGCACACCGACUGCCUCCUGUGCUACGCUGCCAGUCGGACGGAGAUUCCUCGCUGCCUUCCAUCCCUCUCCGCCCGCAUUUUCCUCGAUGGCUGCUUCCUCCGCUACGACAGCUACAGCUUCUACUCCGAAGGUUCCGACCCCGCCGUGGACUCCGUCGUGUGCGCCGGGGAAGAGGCGGCGGAGGCGGCUGUGUUUAAGGAGAAUGUUAAGGAGGUGGUUGAGAGAGUUAAGAGGUCUGCGGCGGAGAAUGGGGAGUUUGGGGUGGCGGAGGUUGGUGGGGAGGUGUAUGCUUUGGGGCAGUGCUGGAAGACGGUGGGUGGUGAUGGGUGUAGAGAGUGUUUGGAGAAGGGAGGUGAGGCCCUGAGAGGGUGUGGGGUGAAGACAGAAGGGAGGGCUUUGAAUGCUGGGUGUUACUUGAGGUAUUCGACUCACAAGUUCUAUAAUGAUCAGGGUGAAACAGAGCAUGAACAUGGGUUUACAGAAAGAAGGGGAAUCAUUACAGCAAUUGUUUUGGCAGCAGUUGCGUUCACAAUGUUGUCUCUCUUUGCUGCUUAUGCAGGCUAUAGAAAGCUGGUGCAGAUCAGAAAAGAGUGCAGUAAUCUAGGCUUGGUGUCAUUAAGCAUUAGCAAGUAUUCUAGCUUGACUUUCAAGUAUGAAACACUAGAGAAGGCCACGGAUUAUUUCAACUCCUCGAGGAAAAUUGGGGAAGGGGGAGGCGGUUCUGUGUUCAAGGGGACUCUCCCUAGUGGAGAAAUUGUAGCUGUUAAGAGAUUGUUCUACAAUACCAGGCAAUGGGUAGAUGAGUUUUUCAAUGAGGUGAACUUAAUCAGUGGAAUUCAGCACAAACACCUUGUGAAGCUUUUGGGUUGCAGCAUUGAAGGUCCUGAGAGCCUUCUGGUGUAUGAAUAUGUGCCUAAUAGGAGCCUUGAUCAGUUCCUUUUCGAUAAGAACAGUCAUCAGUGUCUUAGCUGGAAGCAGCGGUUUGAUAUCAUUGUUGGAACAGCUGAAGGGAUUGCUUAUCUUCAUGAAGGCUCUGAAGUAAGAAUAAUCCAUAGGGACAUAAAAAGCAGCAAUGUUCUUCUAGAUGAGAAUCUCAGCCCCAAAAUUGCAGACUUUGGCCUAGCUAGGUGUUUUGCUCUCGACAAGUCUCAUCUUAGCACCGGCAUUGCUGGAACACUAGGUUAUAUGGCUCCGGAGUAUCUAGUUCAAGGGCAACUCACAGAGAAAGCAGACGUUUAUAGCUUCGGAGUGCUAGUUCUCGAGAUUGUGACUGGUAUGAGGAAUAGCACCUUCAAACAGGAGGACUCUAACACGGAUUCACUCCUGCACAAAGUAUGGAAACACUACAUAUCAAACAACUUGGCCGACAUGGUUGAUCCUUGCUUGAAAAAUCAGGAGCUUCCGGCAAAUGACGUAUCAAACGUUCUUCAAAUCGGACUUCUAUGCACGCAGGCUUCAGUUUCUUUGAGACCAUCUAUGGCUGAAGUAGUUCUAAUGCUUACAGCCAACCAAGACUCAGACAUUCCAAUCCCACACCAACCUCCCUUUCUAAAUACCUCAACGCUAGAGCAAGCAAGCUCCAUUAGGUCUAAUAAUAGCGCAAACAGCUCAGUUUCAGAUACAUUAACAAAAGUUGGGACGUCCUACACCUUGUCGGAAUCUUCCAGCACGCGGAGUUUGGUUAAUAUGAGCAUAUAUCAACGAAAUGAGCAACUCUUGCAGAAGUAACAAUACAUCUUAAACUUGUUCAGAAAAACAUGCUUGGAGGUCAGGUUAGUCGAUGGCUGUCCGAAAAAUCUCUAUAGGUGUAGUUUUCUCUAUUUAUAAGCUAGCGCACACAUUGCUUCAAGAUCACAUAGGUGAUAGGUGACAUAGAUCUGUUGGAACAGAUGUUACAAGUUCCAAUGCGACAUUGUGGACUAGGA